AUGGCCUCCAAGACAGCGAAUCGUUCCCCUCUGAGGUCUCGUCAGGAGCCGGUGGGGCCCCCGGGACGGGACAAGUACUCGGUGCGGUUGCCCACCUACAAUGAGCGCGAGAACCUGCCGCUCAUCGUGUGGCUGCUGGUGAAAAGCUUCUCUGAGAGUGGAAUCGACUAUGAAAUUAUAAUCAUAGAUGGGAGCCCAGAUGGAACAAGGGAGGUUGCUGAACAGUUGGAGAAGAUCUAUGGAUCAGACAAAAUUCUUCUAAGACCACGGGAGAAAAAGUUGGGACUAGGAACUGAAUAUAUACAUGGAAUGAAACAUGCCACAGGAAACUAUAUAAUUAUUAUGGAUGCUGAUCUCUCACACCAUCCAAAAUUUAUUCCUGAAUUCAUUAGGAAGCAAAAGGAGGGUAAUUUUGACAUUGUCUCUGGAACUCGCUACAAAGGAAAUGGAGGUGUUUAUGGCUGGGAUUUGAAAAGAAAAUUAAUCAGUCGUGGGGCCAAUUUUGUAACUCAGAUUUUGCUGAGACCAGGAGCAUCUGAUUUAACAGGAAGUUUCAGGUUACAUCGAAAAGAAGUUCUACAGAAAUUAAUAGAAAAAUGUGUUUCUAAAGGCUAUGUUUUCCAGAUGGAAAUGAUUGUUCAAGCAAGACAGUUGCAUUAUACUAUUGGCGAGGUUCCAAUAACAUUUGUGGAUCAUGUUUACGGUGAAUCCAAGUUGGGAGGAAAUGAAAUAGUCUCUUUCUUGAAAGGAUUAUUGACUCUCUUUGCAACUACAUAAAAGAAAGUUAUUCUUAUUUAUCACAUUCAUUUCAAUUUACAUA